GCGCGCGUCGCCGCGGUCGCCAUGUCGUGGUUCCAGGGCAUCUUCCAGAACUGUUCGUCCUCGGGCGUGGACGCGGACGACUACACCGAGUCAUCGCUCGCGUCGUCGCCGGCGUCGACCCCGUGCGCGUCGCCCGCGAGAGCGCGUUCCGCGGGAGGGGCGAAUCGCGAGGGGGGGCUCCUCCCGCAUCAUCAUCAACGACUGGGCGCGUCGUCCCCGAACGGCGGCGGGAGCCCGCCGGUGCGCGUCGGCGGCUCGCGCGGCGUCGGCGAGACGCGAGACGUCGACGCGCACGCGCGCACCGCGCACGCGGCGGAGAUCUCCAAGCUUCGCCGCGCGCUGGAGGCGAAGACGCUCGAGCUGUUCCGCGUGCAGGACGAGCUCGAGGAAAAGGACGCGCGGCUGCGUCGCGCGGAGCUGGCCCUGGACGCGAGGGGGCUCGAGCGCGGCGGACGCAACGCGGGCGGGUUCCACGGCGACCUCCUCGACGCGGACGGCGGCGGCGCGGAGAUGGACGUCGCGCUUCUCGUGGAGCGCCUCGCGGAGAGCGACGCGCGGAGAGACGCGGCGAUCGAGGAGGUGGCGGAGGGCGAGCGCGCGAUGGAGGCGCUGUCGCGAGAGUUCGCGCGUGCGCUGGAGCAGACGCGCGCGACGCAGCUGAAGCUCAUGCGCGAGCUCAGCGCGCACAAGACGAGGAUGGAGGCGGACGCGCGCGAGGUGGAGGCGGAGGCGACGACCGCGUAUUGGGCGUUGCGCGGGGUCACGGACGACGCGCGACAGAGGGAAGCGCAGGCGGCGCGUUUUGACGAGGAUACAAACGUCGGGGACGUCGUCGUCGCGGAGGCGGAGGCGGAGGCGGAGGCGUCGCGCGAGCGCGCUUCGCCCUCGUCGCCAACGUCGGCGCCGUCGGUCGCCGCGGCGUCGCCGGCGGCGGUCGCGGUACCGGUACCGUCGACGUCGCCGCGCGUCGAGUCCGCGCUGCUCAGGCGCGUUCUAUACGCUGGGUCCAUCGCUUUCAAUCCCGACACACCUCGACGCCUUUCAACUCCAACUGACGCCUUUCAACUCCACCCCGACGUUCGCUCGUAUAGAGCGGCGCUGACCAAGGCGGAGGAGGCGCGCACGGAUCGCGACGCGCUCGCGGCGGAGAACGCCGCGUUACGAGACGAGAUGGAGCGUCUGCGCGCGGACAUGGAGACGUCCGCGGCGGCGUCCGUCGCCGUGGAAGAUGGAACGUCAACCGUCGCCGGCGCGACGGCGGCUCCCGCGUCCCCGGCGAGGGAGCGGCGCGGGUUCGGCGAGCCGUCGUCGCCGUCGUCGUCGCCGGCGCCGUCGCCGUCGCCGGCGCGGCGGGUGUCGUUCGCGUCGUCGCCGCCUCCAUCUUCGUCGUCCGCGACGCCAUCCCCGGUGUCUUUCUCAUCGUCGUCGUCGCCGCCGAGCCGUCCGACCGCGCGCGGGACCGGCGACCCCGGGGGUGGAAGAGAUGAUGAUGAUGCGCCGGUAAAAGUCCUUAAGGAUCGGCGUUCACCACGCCAACGCGAUCGUAUGGGAACCAGUGUGAGCGCGAGCGCCGCGAGGAAGGAGAGCGCGGCGUCCAAGGCGGCGUUCGUCCCUCCGGGGUCGUUUUCCCCCGCCAAGGCGAAGCUCGCGACGCUGCUCGCGGAGAUGGACGCGAUGCAGCGGCAGAUGGACGCGCUGAGGAGCCCCGGCGGGAGCGCGUUCGCGCCGACGACCCCCGGGUAGGUAGCCCGCGCCGCGCGCGUGAGAAAAAAGAGUCGGUCCGAGAAGAGUCCAGUCUUCUCCAAAAAACUGAGCCCAUAACCUU